AUGCCUCUCGUCCCCCGCUCCCACCUCCGCCACAUCUCCAGACCCCUCACCAGGGGCCUCGCCACCCCCGCACCCCUCCCCGUCAAGGACUGCACAAGCAUCACCCCUCCCUACCCCCGCCUCCUCAAGACAUUACAAAAUAUCAGGCAUGUCCUGCCCAAGGACAGGAAGCUCACUCUCGCCGAGAAGAUCCUCUACUCUCACUUGAGAAAUCCAGAAGAGAGUCUCGGAGGCGGUGGGCCCAUUCGAGGCGAACGGUACUUGAAGCUUGCCCCCGAUAGAGUGGCCAUGCAGGAUGCUUCUGCCCAAAUGGCCUUGCUCCAAUUCAUGACCUGUCGCCUCCCCACCUGUGCCGUCCCCUCCUCCAUCCACUGCGACCAUCUUAUCCAAGCCCAAACCGGUGCGGUCACCGACCUCUCCCGGUCCAUCGACGCCAACAAGGAAGUUUUUGAUUUCCUCCAGUCUGCCGCUCAAAAGUACGGUAUCGAGUUCUGGAAGCCGGGAAGUGGUAUCAUCCACCAGAUCGUGCUUGAGAACUAUGCCGCCCCCGGUCUUUUGAUGCUCGGUACUGACUCGCAUACACCCAAUGCUGGUGGUUUGGGUAUGCUCGCUAUUGGUGUUGGAGGUGCCGAUGCGGUGGAUGCCAUGACGGACACUCCUUGGGAGUUGAAGGCGCCCCUGAUAACGGGUGUCAAGUUGACUGGUGAAUUGAAGGGAUGGGCGACACCCAAGGACUUGAUCUUGCAUCUUGCCGGCAAGCUCACUGUCCGAGGUGGUACCGGCCGUAUCAUCGAGUACUUUGGCCCCGGUGUCACUGCCCAGUCUUGUACUGGCUUGGCUACCAUCGCCAACAUGGGUGCUGAAGUCGGCGCCACCACCUCCACUUUCCCCUACAAUUCCAACAUGCGCCAGUAUCUUCACGCCACCGGCCGUGGUCCCGUUGCGGACGCUGCCGACAACGCGGCUUCGCAAGGUUUCUUGCAGGCCGACGAAGGCGCCGAGUAUGACGAGGUCAUUGAAAUCAACUUGUCCGAACUCGAACCCCACCUGAACGGUCCCUUCACUCCUGAUCUCGCUACUCCCCUCUCCGGCUUCUCUUCGUUCUUAAACGAGAACAAGUACCCCACUUCCCUGUCUUCGGCUUUGAUCGGCUCGUGCACCAACUCUUCUUACGAAGACAUGUCCCGUGUCGCUUCCAUUGCCGAACAGGCCAAGGCUGCUGGCUUGACGAGCAAGGUUCCUUUCCUCGUGACUCCCGGUUCCGAGCUUAUCAGGGCUACCAUUGAGCGUGACGGGCUCCAGUCCACUCUCGAGUCUGUCGGUGCCACCGUGCUCGCCAACGCCUGUGGCCCCUGUAUCGGUCAAUGGAAGCGAGAGGAGAAGAAGGGCGAGGACAACGCGAUCCUCACCUCGUUUAACCGAAACUUCAAGGCUCGAAACGACGGCAACUUGAAGACGAUGAACUUUUUGGCUUCUCCCGAAAUUGUCACUGCCAUGGCCUUCUCUGGUGACCUGAACUUCAACCCCAUGACCGACUCCAUCCCCACCCCCAACGGACCUUUCAAGUUUAACGCUCCCUCGGGCGACCGUCUUCCCCCCACUGGCUACACCCCCGGUGACCUCUCCUACGCUCCAUCUGCCUCCCCUGUGCCCAUCGGCGAGACCGAGAUUGCCAUCUCUCCCACUUCUACCCGUCUCGAGAUCCUCGAGCCCUUCGGUACCAACUUCCCGGGAGGGAACGCCGAGCUGGAGGGCAUGACGUGUUUGAUGAGGGUCAGGGGCAAGUGCACGACCGAUCACAUCAGUGCGGCUGGUGCUUGGUUGAAGUACAAAGGGCAUCUUUCAAACAUCUCUGAAAAUACUUUGAUGACUGCUGUCAACGAUGAGGGUGGACAGAUCAACAUUGCCAGGGACCACUCUGGCGAAGAAGACACCAUCCCCAAGACUAUGCAAAAGUACCAGUCUAGGGCUGAACCAUGGAUGUUGGUCGUCGACGACAACUACGGAGAAGGUUCCGCUCGUGAACACGCUGCUCUUCAGCCCAGACACUACGGCUGCGCCAUGAUCCUCGCUCGUUCUUUCGCCCGUAUCCACGAGACCAACCUCAAGAAGCAAGGUAUCCUCCCCCUCUGGUUUGUCGACAAGGCCGACUACUCCAAGAUCUCUGCCCAUGACAAGGUUUCUACAAAGGGUCUCAAGAAUGUCCUCGCUGGCGAGCCCGGAGAGGAGGUGACUAUCGUGGUGGAGAAGCAGAGCGGAGACAAGGUGGAAGUGCAGGCGAGACAUACGUUGAGUAGUGACCAGAUGGACUGGCUGAGGGCGGGUAGUGCUCUCAACUGGAUCGGAGAGCAGGCCAGGAAGGCUGGUAAGGCGUAA